AUGGGGAAGGGGGGCGAGAAAUGGGGGGAAUUAAGAGAUGUCCAGCCCUACGUCCUGCAAGAGCCCCCCGUGAGGGCGCACAUCUGCCCCCACAACUGGAUCCACUUCAGGGGCCACUGCUACGGGUACUUCACCCAGAGGAAAACCCAGGCCGAGGCGCAGGAGGAAUGCAGCCGCUAUGGCCCCACGGGGACUCUGGCGUCCAUCCACACCGAGGGGAGCAGCGUCGUCCUGGGCGAGUACGUGGCCUCCCAGCAGGAUAGAGACAACGUCUGGAUUGGCCUGAAGGACGAGGAGCACACCGGGACAUGGAGGUGGUCGGAUAGCUCCGUCCUGGACUACCUGCACUGGGAUUGGGGUCAACCCGUCCAAUGGAGGAACUGGUACUGUGUGGUCCUCGGGCAGAACUCAGCUUUCCAGUAUUGGCGCAACUACUCCUGCCAGGAGCAGUUCCCCUUCCUCUGCCAGUACCAGGUGUGAGGGGGGGCUGCCCCUCACCUCUCUGCUCCCAUGGGGUCACCCCCCCACAUCGCACCCCCAAUCCUUUCCACCGACCAUGCACCCGCUGGCAAUAAA